AUGAGAUCAAGACGAAGUUCUAAGUUCCAUUCCAAUGAUAUUUCAAAGGAUAAUAUAUUGAGUAGUAGUCGUAAACCAUCCCCUCCCAAAAUCUACACAAACUCCUCAAAUGUCAAUUAAAUGACAUAGGAGAGCAGCUUCUAAAGAAAAGGAAGAAGCACUCCAAAAGAUUGUCUUGGAUUAGUAAAUCCUUAUUAAUGUAAGAGAGUUAAAAAUCAUUAGAAAAGUUAUUAUUACCUAAUAGAGAUACAUCAAAAAUGUCUAAUAAAAGUGGAAGGAGUAAUUUUGAAUCAGAGUCCAAAUUUGAUAAUUUAGCCAAAAUCAGAGGAGAACAUGGAAAUUGAGUGCUAAUCACCGAUAAAAUAAUAUAGCGGUUUGAAGCAUCCGUUCUUUAGUAACUCUGGAAUUUCUAAAAACUAGCCCGCAAGAAGAGUGAUUAAAGAUGCUUCCCUUAAUAAUAGUUAAUUGAGAUAGAAGGAAUCAUAAGAUAUAUUGAAAACAUCAGAGAAAUAAAGAGCAAACAAACUAAGAAAGGCAAAUUAUCAUCAGUAAUAAGAUGGUGACUCUUAAUGUCAAGUCUAUGAGUUUAAUCGAGAAUUGAAAGCAUUAAGAGUAAAGAGAACUGAGUCAUUUGAAUGGUUAUAAGAGGAAUCUUAGGUUUCUGAAGAAUCUCAAUUUAAUUAAUUUAACUAGAUAAAUUUGGGAAUAUAUUACAUGGAUAAUUUACGAAAUUAUUUGAAAGGAUUAAACCUAGAAGGAUUGUAUGCUUAAAUGUAUAUAAAUCAUUUCGUUCAGCAGUUUCAUAGUUUGUAAUUAAGUAAAUAAAUGUAAUAGCCUGAUUAGAAUAAGUUAGAGGCAAAAAUGCUGCAGCUAUAAAAAAUAAAAAAUUAAAAAACUCUAGUUUUAGACUUGGAUGAAACACUGAUGCAUUGUAAUGAAUAGUAAUAAAUGAAAUUUGAUUUUAAAAUACCAAUCUAAAUGCCAAAUGGAUAAGUUCAUGAAGCAGGAAUAAGCGUUAGACCAUAUGCAUAAUAGUUUUUAUCAGAAUGCUCAAAACAUUUUGAAAUAAUUAUAUUUACAGCUUCUCAUUAAUUAUAUGCUGAUAAAAUAAUUGACAAGCUUGAUCCAUCUCGUAAAUGGGUAUCUCAUCGACUUUAUAGAGAGAAUUGUAUACAAACUUAAUAAGGAAUAUAUGUUAAGGAUUUAAGAAUAAUAAAUAGAGAUUUAAAAGACAUUGUUUUGAUUGAUAAUGCUGCUUAUUCAUAUGCUUUUUAAAUAGAAAAUGGUAUACCAAUUAUACCAUAUAUUGAUAAUGUAAAAGAUAUUGAAUUGUUAGGUGUUAUAGAUUACUUAAAGAUUUUGUUAUAAAUUAAUGAUGUUAGAGAGAUUAAUGUAAAGACUUUUCUCUUAAAUAAAAUCCAAUAAUGUGCAAGUUUAGAUGCAGCAAUAAAACUUCUAUUAGUAGCUUGA